CAUCUACUAAUUUGACCGAAUACGGCACAAAUGACAAAAAUUAAAUUGCAUUUUUACAAUAAAGAAAAAAAAGCGAAAACAUUAAAGAACGUUGUCCAAACUAGUAAAAAUUAUAAAAAAUUCCAAAAUCUACAACUAAAAUUAUAAAUUCAACGUCCAUCGAAGAGUUUCUGUGCUUUAAAUUUUCUUCUAACAAAGGAACAAGAUAAAUUGGUCACGAUUUGACAACUGCAUUUUAUCCUGAGAUUUGGUAUUAUUUGCUUACACUCUCGAGACUGAGUUGCAGCCCAGUUUCUCAAGGUGCUAUUCUCUAAUAGCAGACAAAAAAGCAGCACGAGUUUUAGUAGUUGUCCUUACCUCAAAAGAAGUCAUCCUAAAUGUCACAUUCUUUGGCCUCCACAUCAAAUUCUCCCUUGGCCACACCCAGCAGUUCGGCUGUACGUGCUUUGGCUCUCGAAUACAAAUCCUUGCAAGAAGAACCAGUUGAGGGAUUCCGUGUUAAGCUUGUGAAUGAGGAUAAUCUAUUUGAAUGGGAGGUAGCCAUAUUUGGUCCUCCCGAUACCCUUUAUCAGGGUGGUUACUUUAAGGCACACAUGAAGUUUCCGCCCGACUAUCCCUAUUCACCUCCAUCUAUACGUUUUCUAACAAAAGUAUGGCACCCUAAUGUUUAUGAGAACGGAGACCUAUGCAUAUCCAUAUUACAUCCACCAGUUGAUGAUCCACAGAGUGGAGAGCUGCCGUGCGAACGCUGGAAUCCUACACAAAAUGUACGCACUAUACUGCUAUCGGUGAUUUCAUUGCUCAAUGAACCCAACACAUAUUCGCCAGCGAAUGUCGAUGCGUCGGUUAUGUAUCGUCGAUGGAGAGAUUCUCAGGGUAAAGAUAAUGAAUAUCCCAAUAUAAUACGCAAGCAAGCAUUGGCUGCUAAUGCCGAUGCCAUUAAAGAAGGUAUCGUUGUGCCCAUGACCUUGGAGGACUAUUGCAUUAAACCCAAGAGAAAAGAGCCCACAGAACCAACGCUUGACUCGAAUUUCUUCGAUGAUGUAUUCGAUCUGGAAACCGAAGAUGAUUUGCCAACCGAUGAUGAUGAUGAUGAUGACGAUGACGAGGACGACGACAUAGAUGAUGAUGACGAUGCAGACAAUGCAGACGAUAGCGGCAAGGGCGAAACAACAUAAAGAGAAAUUUUCUGCAAUCAAAUAAACUAACUUGUUCGUGAUCAUGAAGAAACCCUAUGCGGAUCAAAAUUUUGUUUCUGGUGAAGAUGAAGCAGCAUACGACGUGCAAAUUCAGUUAUUGUGUGUGUGUUUUUUUUUUUAAUUUUAAUUUUCCAAUAUAGAGUGGUAAAAUAAUUUUUAUUUAAUUUUGUUUUCUAUUUUAUUUUGGACAAUUUGCAAAUUUCAACAACCACAACAGAGCAAUAUUUUUAUGAUAAAAAUGUGUGUGAAAUGUAAACUGUUAUAUGUAUGUAUCUUUAAACGGCAAGGAAAAGUAAGGAAAAUAGCUGAAACCCUAGCAAAGAAACAAACAAAGAUCUUAAAGCCAAAUAGUAAAAAAGAAAAAAGUUAUAUUGUUGAAAACAUAUAUAAAGAAAAAUUGCCAUAUUUCCAAAAAAAAAGCAGCCCACCCCCUUACCUGCCCUCUGAUAAAACCUCUUGCUUUACAUUUGUUUAUGAUCUUUUUUCACCAUUAAAUAAAUAUGGAAAAAGAAGAGAAUGCAAUUAAGUUAAAAACUCUUGUAUAACAAUUAA